GUGAUAGGUGUCUGACAUGGGAGUGAUAGGUGGUGUGCUCUCUUGUUUUCUGGUCAAGUCAGCCAACUGUUGAGCAGCUUCACAGCACAGCCAGCCUAGUUGAUUGAUGAUGUCUCGACUUCCAGUGAUACCAGACGAACUACUGGCAGCACUAGCCAGAGACCAACCAACAACAGAAGAGCAAACAACAACAACAACAACAACAACUGAACUACAAAUGGAAAACAAGAACAAGGAAACCAUCUGGAAUCGAAUCGGAUUCAGCUCAACUGCACAGCAACAACAACAACUCACCAUCAAACCAACUACAAACAUCACCAAGAAGACCUCAACAAAACAGACCCAACCCAGACAGAGAAGAACCAAAAUCAACGAACAAACAAACCAUCCAUACCAACAACAACAACCAACAACACCCACUACUACAUCAUCAGCAUCCACUCGAGCAAGGGCCAGCUUCUCAUUCGAUCACUACAUCCAAACCCACCUCAGCCCAAAGUCAACCACCACCACCACACCAUCAUCAUCAUCAUCAACCAACACCGAUCCCAACAAACCCAGAUCGAGAUUCAUCGGAUCCGAAAUCAUCAACGGCAUCUUCUCAAACAACAACAACAACAGCACCAGCAAGUCAUCCCCACACCUACCACCACAACAACAGCCACUCGAGAAGCUCGAACAACCUGCCACCCGCACCUCAUCCAUCAACGCAUCCAAACACUUCAACAUCAGCAGAGCCUCAGUCGACCAGAUCUUCCACACACACGGCCCAUCAUCAUCAUCCAUCUCCACUUCCACCACCUCCACAUCAACACCUUCCAGCAGAAGAACCAACAACAACAACCAGCCUCACUCCCGUCCAGCCAAACCACUCAGACAGCCCUCCCUCGACGAAUCAUCCCUCUCAUCCUCAUCAAGACCCAACCUGCCCCCAACGACGAUCUCCUCCGACCGAUGGUCAUCCACCGCCGUCAGUGUGACGCUCGAGGACGAGAUCGCAGAGGACGAUCUACUGAUCAUGGAGAACGAGCCACCCUGGUCGAACAGAGAGACCUUCACUCACGAACUGCGUGCCAAUCGUCCCGAGGAGGACAACUUACUGAUCCCCCAAGAACACAACACCCCAUCUACGCCUGAGGAUCCCGAUUCGACUGGCACCACCAAUCUUACCACCACUACCACCACUCAAAGCACUUUGGUCCCAGCAGGCUCACCCCAGCAGAACCUCCUCGGCAACAUUAGUCGGAUCCCACUCCCAUCCAAACCAUCUAUCAUCCACCACCAACCCAUUCCAUCGACUCACUUCGUCGUCGGCGAUGAUGGCCCCACCUCCCUCUCCGCCCGUCACGUCUCCAUCCCUGCUAGCUCAUCCAGCCACCCGGAUCGCUCCCGAUCCAGAUCCCAGUCGGUCAUCAACUUCUCCUCCCACCACCUCGUCCGGCAACAUACUGGAAGCGGCGGCCUGCGCCAACAGAUCGAGGCCCGAAGAGCCCUCCUCGCUUCCUCCUCUCCCUCCUUCCAAAAUCCGCCCAACCCGGGCCCCGAUCUUCCUCCUCCUCCUCCUCCCUCCUCAUCCAAUCCACUUCUGGUCCAACCGGCCGCACAGACUGUCGCCGCCGCGCACACCGCCCCUAUCUCUUUACUCUCGACUACUGAUAACAAACUCUCCUCCUCCUCCUCUUCCUCCUCCUCUUCUCAUGGUCGAAGUCUUAGCGACACCUUCAUCCGAAAAACCAGGAGUCUCAUCGCCCAUCCUCACCAUCAGCAUCAUCUUGACCACUCUUUCCAGCAUCAUCACGCUUCGCUCCAUUCUUCCUCCCCCUCCCCUCUUCAAUCGGCCAACCUGGGCAAAGAGAUCCCCGCCCAUCUUGCUAAAGAGAUGGUCCUCAAGGAUCUCGGCCUGGAAUCGACGGCUCAUGUCGGCACGUCGGCUCAUCAGCAUCUGGAUCCCCGGAUCUUGGACCAUGCCCAACUGCUCAAACUCUUUCAAUCUACCGCUCAACCGUCUUCUUCGGUUACUGGGAUUCCGCUGCCUUCGUCUGAGACCUCUGAUCGUCCUUCUGCAUCCUUGGAAGAAGAACUAGAAGAAGAAGAAGCCGAAUUACAACUGAUCGACACUCCUGAAACUAGGGAAGCGUUGAAUGUGAAAGCCGACUUCGUGAUCGCCGUCGCGGGUCCUAAAGGGGUCGGCAAAUCAACGAUCAUCUCGAAGGCGUUAAGGAAACCGGUCGACGAGCAGCACGCAGUUGUCCUCUAUCAUGAUCCAUCUGAUAAUCGAAUUACGUCGAUGGUUUCAAGUAUCGUUAAUCAGGCCACCGGUAACAAGAAAGUCUUGCAGAUCCUCGAAAUCGACCAAUCCAUCCUUAACGAGAACUGUAUCAUCAGCAGCAAUAAAAACAGCAAAAACAAGUCCAUCAAAAAGAGCUCUGCUGGUAAAGAAGAAGGGCUCGUUUGGCCGGCUAAUCUGCCUCAUCUCGACGGUGUUCUUCUUUGUUAUGAUGCUACUGAUCCGUUGGCGCUAGACCAUUUACGUCCAUUACUACAUUCAUUUUGGACUCGAGGAGGGAUUUCGUUGAUCGUGUUGGCCUGUAAAUCAGAUAAAGAAGAGCUCAAGAACGCCACCAAUCCUCUCAAAGCUGCCGAAUUGGUCAACGUCUAUGGCACUGGUAUGAUUCAGUUGGAUGGCGGGCUCGAGGAUCCGGGUAAAAAAAUGAGAAACUCGUUCAAUUGGAUCGUCAAAGCUAUCAAAGAAGCUCGAGGUGAACGACGUUCGUACAGUAGUGCAUCAUCGACGAACAUCUUAGGAUCGAUAUAUGGCGACGAAGAGCGACGAGGCUCGACGUCAUCAUCAUCGAUUGUGGCGUCGCCAUCACCGAUGACGACGAUGGGGAUGAUGACGCUUGGAGGCGGAGUAGGAGGCGCGGUGACGGAAGGCCAACAGAUCUCGGCUAUGAGUGGAGGAUCGACGGCCUCCGACGAGGAAGAACUCCACCAACCUGUCGACCCCGCGUCUGUCAUUCUUAGUCCUUCUGGAAAGACCGCCGUCCCUAGUCCGGGACGCACGCCCCGCAAAGCGCUUCCGCAUGCUCCUCUGGCCGCCGUGACUCCCUCCGCCAAGAUCCCAUCCACUCUCGCCCCUGCUCGCCUCUUCAUCUCCUCUUCUUCCCCCGUCCUUCCUCUCGAUCCCUCCCUACAUCUCGAUGAUGCUGAUGGUGAUAGUUUCUCCAAUAACGCAUUGGUAGCGAUGUCCUAUGAGAAGUCGACUCGACCGGAUGGAAGUUUUAUGCAUGGUGGAAGCACGCCUGGAUCGCCACGAGAAGAUAGGAAACCGAAUGGCGAAUUGCCGGAUCCACCAUCUGAACCCACUCCAUCGUCGCCCCCCAAUAACCUCGGAGUCGCCGAUCGCGCUCACACAUCAUCCUUGUUGAACCCGGCGUCACUUUCCUCGGAGCCUUCUAUCCACUCUAAGAAUGCUCCGUCUGAGGACCUCAGUCGGGCCGUCGAUCCCGUCAAAGGACUCUCGGGAUCCGGCAAACAUGCCGUCCAGAAGGCUAUCGCUAUGAGCCAGAGAGGCGUUGAUAUGGACUUGCAUUUCGAGAAACAAGUGAUCAUCGAUAAGUUUGUCUUUGCGACCGUUAGCGGUAACGAACCGAGCUUUGUCGAUCAAUUCUUGAUCAUCUUUCGUAGAUUUGCUACCCCUUUUGAGGUCCUUUCUGCCCUCAUCUCUCGCUUCGAAUUCGUCUCGACUCAUAUUGAGAGGGAUCCGAUCUUAGGAAGAUAUGCUCAUUUGAAGAUCUGUCAUGUAUUGAUGAGUUGGCUAGAAAUCUAUCCGGGGGAUUUUGUCCAACCGGCGACCUUGACGGUCUUGAAAGCGUUCAACUCGUUGAUGGUAUCAGUGACAUGGUUACUUCAUUACGCGAUCGAGAUCAUGCCGAUGAUCAAGACGAUCGGGAGCAUGGCAGACGAAGAUGUGGGCUGGGCUCUGCCUGACAGCACGGAAGACUCGGCGGUCAAGGGGGUAUUAGAGAGUAUCAAGAAGCUGCAAAUGAGUUUGGCCCCGAUGGGUUCAUCCUCAUCGGCAGAAUCGAGAGGAUCGGUGGCCGCGGAGUCGAACGAUGAGCCGGCUUUACCGAUGACCCCAUUGACGACGGGGAAGUCGGUAGACUAUCCGCAUUCGGAACUCAGUCCGCGCCUCGAAAACUUCCCAUCGACCUCUUUCAUGAGCACCGAUCAUGUGGCCUCUACCGCCGCCUCCUCGCCCGUCCACUCCUUCUCCCCGCAUGACCGUCAUCAUCUUCUCCUUAAAUCUAAUGAGGAUCCUCAGAAACCUGGUGAUCUUCUUCUUCUCCAGCAGCAGCAGCAGCAGCAGCAGCAGCAGCAUCUCCAUCAUCCUCUCUCCGCCCUCGACUCCACCGAAAACUUCAUUGCCGCUACCUUGCCCCUCAAAUCUACCCUCACCUCUUCCUCCUUGCAUUCCGACCACAAGGCCGAACUUAAAUCGCUCCUCGACUCCUCGGUCCUCCUACUCUCCCUACCUGAAGAAUCUAUCGCGCUGCAAAUCACUCGACUCGAAUGGAAUAUCUUUUCUAAGAUGAAGCCUCGUCAUUUGAUUCGUUACGUUCUGGCCCCGAGAGAUCCUAAUAAUCCGCGUAAAGCUCUCCGUGAUCCCAAUAGUCCAAUCGCUAAAUCAACCGAUUAUUUGAAUUAUUUGGCCGUUUGGGCUAGUUCGAUGAUCCUUAUUCAUGAGAAAUUGAAAAGUCGGGCUAGAGUGUUGCUUAAGUUAAUGAAAGUCGCAUACGAAUUAAGAGAUAUGGAUGAUUUUCAUUCAUUGAUGGGAGUUUUAGCGGGGAUUGAAGCUCAACCAGUUUAUCGAUUAGAUGCUACCUUCGAAAUCGUCCAGCAUAUGGACCUUCAAUCGUAUCGUAGAUACCUUAGUCUGAAGAAACUUAUGAGCUCGCAACGCUCGUUUUCUGCCUAUCGAUUAGCAAGACAAACCGCCAGUUCUCAAUGUGUACCUUAUCUAGGGACUUAUUUGCAAGAUAUUACAGCGGUUAAUGAGGUCAAAGACGAUAUGAAAGACGGGAAAGUUAACUUGACUAAAAUGAUCCAAAUCGCUAAAUCGGCUUCAUCUGUGAUCAAUUGUAAUCUGUUGGCUCCUAAGAUCGUCUUCGACCCUAAGAUCUCGAAUCUUAUUAUCAAGAUUCCAGUCUUAUCUGAAGAUGCACAAUACGAAUUAUCGUACAAGUAUAAACCUAGGUUACAAUCAUCUAGUCAUCACUCGAGUCAUCAAGCUGGUAGCAGUAGUAUCCACGCUGGAGGGAGCAGUGGAGGAGGGAUCAUGAGUGUCUUAGCCGCAGCCGCCGCGACGGCCGGGACGACGUCGAAUGCAAGCCAUUCAGAGCCGACGAAUCCGAAGGGAGGCUCAGGUCCGUUAACGACCUCAGUUUCCUCGGGCUCAUUGAUCCCAGGCUCGACGAGCUCGAACAACCUCUUCUCUACCUCGAGCUCCCCAUCGGCCUGUUCAGCAAACCAUCUGGGCUCAUCUACUGUCCCUCUCAAUCCCACCUCCACCACGACUUCCUCCUCUAUCAUAAGUACUACUACUACUGGGACAUCCCAAUCAUCAUCAUGGAGCCUCGUCCUCCUCGGCUAUCCAUAGCGUCGCUAACGUCGGCGCGGCUACGAGCUUGGUCGCUAAGAAAGGCACCCGCAAACUUAAGCAGUUGCUUUCUACCGCUAUCAACCCUAAUCAUCAUCCCCAUUCGUCCCCCUCUAAUCUUAAUCUUCCUCAACAACAUCAUCAGCCCAUUCAUUAGAUCGAUUAUCCAUCCGAUCGCUCAUUCUUGUCUUUAGCCCCCUCUUCUCUUCUCUUCUCUUCUCUUCUCU